AUGAAGUUAAUCAUCACAGGUGCAACUGGUUACGUGGCCACCGCAGUGCUUCGACAAGCUCUUCUCCUGCCAUCAAUCACGUCUGUCGUAGCUAUUGCACGACGCUCGGUAUCGUGUCCCAAAAGCAUACCCACCGCCAACGCAUCGAAACUGAAGAGCAUUGUGGUUCCAGCCUACGACACAUAUUCGCGAGAUGUACGAAGAGAAUUAGAGGGUGCGAAUGCCUGCAUCUGGACGGUGGCGAUCACACCUUCAAAAGCACGCCAAAUGGCCCCAGAAACGGUGCGUAUGGUAUGCCAGGACUGGGUGGUGGAAGGCCUCAAGGCAAUUCUCGAGGCAAACCCGAGCCCAGAACAGCCACUUCGAUUCCUGUAUAUGAGUGGUUCUAUGGCCUUUGAUCCAGCGCGCCCACGAAGCAGAAAUAAGACUAUCUGGAUACCAAGCUAUAUAAUGGAGUACUCCAAGAUGCGUGGUGAGACAGAAACCCAGCUCUUGGAUAUUGUCGCGGAGAACAGGACAAUUGCUGAGGUCUGCAUUGUGAAACCUGGAUACAUCAGUGGCAAAGAUCUAUUAAAUAGUAUCUUUGGUAUGUUAUUGUCGCUCACGGGGUUGGCAGAAACUAUACAUAUCAAUGAAGUAUCAGCCGCGAUGCUACAUCAAAUAGUCCAUGGUUUUGAGGAUUCAGACGGUGUUCUUUUGAACAAAGAGCUUUUAAUCAUUGGUAAAGAAGCCAUAAACCUGAAGAAGUAA